AUAUUAUUUUAUUUUAAUUACUGUCUCUGUGUGUGUUUUUAUUUUUUAAUCAGCCCAUGAAUGACAAAGAAAGGUGGGUUUUUUUAUACAACUGGAUGUUUCAGUAAUAGUGUGCUCUAAAAUAUUAUUUUGUUAACUGUAAUUGACGUGUGUUGGCUUAGGGUAGAGGGUUAUUUGUAUGAAUGUCAGCUAAGCCACACAUCACUGUUACCUCAAUGGUACCUGUGCUGGUGAAGGCACAAACACUUGCAUAAAUUUGCCAGUCAAACUAAAAUACACAUGAUCACACCUUAUUUUCAAGACAAACACAAUACGCAGCUCAGAUCAGGUUAUAUAUUAUACAGUUCACUACUAUGAAUGCCAUUAGUGUGUUUAAUUUUGCAAAUCAAUGCUAUAUAUGGGGAGAAAUAAUCAUAUUACAAGAAUGAUCACUGCUGUUUAAUAUCAUGUAGAAAAUGAAUGAUGCAUAGACUGUUCACAGCUCAUUUUAAAUGGAUGAAUGAGUAUAUCCCUGUGCAAACAUUUUCACUGUAUGAUGCACCAGAACACAAUAGUGCACAACAAAACAAUGAGGGGUUCUCAUGAAAAAAAACAGCAGGUGUGCAGUCUGAUAAUAACAACACCUCAGGCUAUGACUGACACAAGAUAAAUGCCACCCAUCAUGCAAAGUGUAUUCUGUCCAUCAGCAUCACACAAACAAACUCGCUCAGGUGUGAGCCAGAUCGUGUAUGAUUUCUGAAAGCCUCCUCUUGCUCUCUGUCUGUCAGAUGGCUUAUGUGACUGAGAUCAGGCUGAGUGGAGAUAGGGGGGCCUGGAACGGAGUGGCUCCCUCCUCCUGCCCCGAGGUGGACCUGGAGGUCAUUGAGGAGUACCUGCAGGAGCACUCACUGGAGGUCCAGCCUGCGCACACACCUUCAUCUCCUCCCACCGCCUUGGGGCAACAAACGCACGCACAUCCCCAUCAGGGCACCAAGAUCAUAGUGAAUAGCUUCAUAGGUCAGCAUCCGUAUGUGUGGCAACCCCACACUCCAAACGAGGAAUAUGAAGAUCAAGCCCUGCCUCCAGCCUGGCGUAGUCCCCAUGACAACCAAUGGGACCACAUUCAUUGCUCGUACGAGGUGCCUGCAUACAUCGACUCAGACUCCCAGUCCAGUAGCUCCCAAUACCAGGAAUACCAAGAUUGUCCUUCCCCAUUGUCUGACAGGGGAGGCUCCCUGCCUCUCGCCCCACUUUCAGGAAAGAGGAAGGAGCGGUUGUUCCAGUUCCUGUUCGAGAUGCUCCAGACGCCAUCAAUGCGGAGCUGCAUCUGGUGGGUCCAGUCCUCCGCGGGGACGUUCCAGUUCUCCUCUCAAAACAAGGAGCGCCUGGCGCAACUGUGGGGCCAACGAAAGGGCAAUCGCAAGACCAUGACUUACCAGAAGAUGGCACGGGCGCUGAGGAACUACUCCCGCACUGGCGAGAUCCAUAAGGUGAAGAGGAAGCUCACCUACCGGUUCGAUGAGAAGACAUUGAGAGGUCUACAAGGAGACUCUAACACAGUGUAGGAAGCAUGAUGGAGAGUGUAUAUGAACGUAGAAAUAGAAUUAGCACAAUGGAUAUUCAGAGAGAACCACUGUGGUUGUCCCAUUAAUGUCCUUUCUGCUGAUUCUACUUCUAUAGUAUGUAGAAACAAAUCAAUACUGAGUAUUUGAAAAGCCAGAAGAUGACACACUGUAGGUCAGAGCUUUCGGUAGAUACAGAAAGCUCUCUGGAGAUGGUAUAAGGGCCGAACAUGAUGAUGAUGUUGAUAGUGAUGCGAGGAAGCAAACUCACUGGAUAGGCGUGGGAUGUGUGAAAAGUCAGCUGGCGUUAAAGAUUAUGUAAAUCUAAAAGGUUAUAACAUAUCUACUUUAUAAGUAGAACUUAAAUCAUUCUUAAAAUAAGUUUUUUUUAUUUAAAGGUUUUCAGUUUUUUUGUGAUUCUGUAUUGCAGGUAUUCAGCACAUAUAAGAACAUGUGAUAGACUUCGUAACAAAACUAGGUUGUGUAAACAUGAUCUGUUUGUGUUCUUUUUUUAAGACGAAUAAAUAAAUCUGAAGAUAUUUUCACAAUCCCUAA